AUUCACUCAUCUGCGCACACUCACACAAACAAACGCUCGCGCACGCACGCACGCACUUAAAUUCACGUUUGUUGGUGGGCGCGUGCUGCAGCAGCUGAAGAGGGGUUCCUAAUCAAAGCGCUUCAGGGCCGUUCAUUGUCCACUGGAGGGCGAGUGGUACGAGAGCACCGGGACACUCCGGCAGCAGGGAGACAGAGACAGUCGGAGGGAGACGGGAUAGAGCAGCAGCCACUGGAAGACACCCAGGCAGAGACAGAGACAGACAGCCCACAGAGAGAAUAUCCCAACCCGGACUCUGCAAAGCAUCAUUUCUUUUCGACGUCGGAUUAAACCCGUCCCCAACGCCGAUACCAAGCCAAGGCAUGAGCUCCUCCUGCUGAACCUUUUUUAAUGCUGAACUGAGUGGUCCAGUGCAGUCCUGCAGCGUUUCCCCUCCCCUCAAAUUUCUGUCCCUGUGUCUGUCACUUGGUUUGUGAGCAGCCAUGACAAAGUCCUACGAGUUCAACUGGCAGAAGCACCUGCCUGAGUUCAUGCAGGAAGGCGCCACCUUCGACAGGUUUGAUGAGGACUACAUCUUUGAGCCCAGUUGUCAGAUGACGGUGGACGAGUUUGGCUUUUUCAUCUGCUGGAAGAGUGAGGGAAAGGAAGGCCAGGUUCUCGAGUGUUCCCUCAUCAACAGUAUUCGUGUCGGUGCGGUCCCCAAGGACCCAAAGAUCUUGUCAUCAUUCGAGGCCAUUGGAAAGACGGAGGCAGACUUGGAUGGCUGCAUCAUCUGCAUCUGCAGCGGCACAGACCUGGUCAACCUCAACUUCAUGUUCAUGGUGGCAGAGAACCCAGACACAGCCAGGAAGUGGAUUGAGGGUUUGAGGUCAGUGAUCCACAACUUUAAGGCCAACAAUGUCUGUCCAAUGACCUGCCUCAAGAAACAUUGGAUGAGAAUGUGCUUCCUGACCAAUGUGAAUGGGAAGAUUCCUGUGAGAGGCAUUACUCGAACAUUUGCAUCUGGAAAGACAGAAAAGGGGAUCUUUCAGGCUCUAAAAGAUCUUGGCCUUCCUAGUGGAAAGAAUGAUGAGAUCGAACCAUCAGAUUUCCCCUUUGACAUUUUCUAUGCGCUCACACAGAAGAUUUGCCCUCGCACAGACAUUGAGGACCUCUUUAAGAAGAUCAAUGGGAACAAAACUGAUUAUUUAACUGUAGACCAGUUAGUCAGCUUUCUGAAUGAAAACCAGCGCGACCCUAGGUUAAAUGAGAUCCUGUUCCCAUUCUACGACCACAAGAGAGCCACGCAGAUAAUCGAGAAAUACGAGAGAGACGAAGAGCUGAAGAAGAAAGGUUACAUGUCCAGUGACGGGUUCUGCCGGUACCUGAUGUCAGAUGAAAACGCUCCAGUUUUCUUGGACCGGCUGGAGCUGUACCAGGAAAUGGACCACCCACUGGCCCACUACUUUAUCAGCUCCUCCCACAACACUUACCUGACAGGGCGACAAUUCGGAGGGAAGUCUUCAGUAGAGAUGUACCGCCAGGUCCUGCUUUCUGGAUGCAGAUGUGUGGAGCUGGAUUGCUGGGAUGGAAAAGGAGAGGACCAAGAGCCCAUUAUCACUCAUGGCAAGGCCAUGUGCACAGACAUCCUGUUCAAGGAUGUUAUCCAAGCCAUCAAGGACACAGCAUUUGUGACCUCAGACUACCCUGUUAUUUUGUCCUUUGAAAACCAUUGCAGUAAACCACAGCAGUACAAGAUGGCCAAGUAUUGUGAGGAGAUCUUCGGUGAGUUUCUCCUCAAACAGCCUCUGGAAAACUACCCGAUUGAAUCUGGGCGCCCUUUACCCUCUCCAAAUGACCUCAAACGUAAAAUCCUCAUCAAAAACAAACGCUUGAAACCUGAAGUUGAACAGAAACAGCUAGAGGCCUUUAAGAAACACAUGGAGGCAGGAGAGACCAACACCCCUGCCAUCAUUAUGGGAGAGGAGAAUGAAGAGGACACAGAGAAUGGUGUAGGAGAAAAGGAGACUGAGGAUAAGGAUUUGAAUUCAGAGCCCCCCAGCAGUCUGUCAGAAGCAACCACUGAGAAAGAGACCAAUAGCCUUGCCCAGAGUAACACUGUCCGCUCAACAAAAGAAGAAGAGCGCAGCAACAGUAUAAAGAAGGCGCCUGACGAUGAAGCGACAGAGAUGUCUGAAGCCACAGAAGCAACCGAUAUCUCAGAAGCAUCUGACCUAGACAAUAACAAGAAGGUUGCGGAAGAGCCAGAGGACUCUGAAGAGGCUCUGAUAGCUCAAUAUACCUAUGUAGGAGCCACCACCAACAUCCACCCAUGGCUGUCAGCCAUGGUCAACUACGCACAGCCUGUCAAGUUCCAGAGUUUUGAUGUGGCAGAGGAAAGGAACAUUCACCAUAACAUGUCAUCUUUUAACGAGUCAGUCGGUCUAGGCUAUCUGAAGACAAAUGCCAUAGAGUUUGUCAACUACAACAAACGUCAGAUGAGCCGUAUCUACCCCAAAGGGGGCCGGGUGGACUCCAGUAAUUACAUGCCUCAGAUCUUCUGGAACGCAGGCUGCCAGAUGGUCUCACUCAACUUCCAGACCCCAGAUCUGGCCAUGCAGUUGAACCAAGGAAAGUACGAGUACAACGGCUCCUGCGGUUACCUGCUGAAGCCCGACUUCAUGCGGCGGUCAGACAGGAUGUUUGACCCUUUCUCAGAGACGCCAGUGGAUGGAGUCAUCGCUGCAACCUGCAGCGUACAGGUGUUCUCUGGUCAGUUCCUGUCAGACAAGAAAAUUGGCACGUACGUUGAGGUUGACAUGUACGGGCUGCCGACAGACACCAUCCGGAAGGAAUUCCGCACAAGGAUGGUGAUGAACAACGGACUGAACCCAGCCUACAACGAGGAGCCCUUUGUCUUCAGAAAGGUGAUCUUACCAGAUCUGGCAGUACUGCGCAUCGCCGUCUAUGACGACAACAACAAGCUGAUUGGCCAGCGCAUCCUGCCUCUGGACGGCCUGCAGGCUGGCUACCGUCACAUCUCGCUGAGGAACGAGGGCAACAAGCCCCUGUCGCUGCCCACCAUCUUCUGCCAAAUCAUCCUCAAGACCUACGUGCCCGACGGCUUCGGAGCAAUUGUUGAUGCUCUAUCGGACCCAAAGAAAUUCUUGACCAUAGCAGAAAAAAGAGCUGACCAGAUGAAGGCACUGGGGAUUGACACGAACGACAUAGCGGAUGUUCCCAGUGGAAGCUCAAAGAACGACAAGAAAGGAAAGGGUAAAGGAGACACUGUGAAGGCCAGUGUGACACCGCAGACCAGCUCAGACAUGGCCCAGACCUCCAACUCCGCCCAAAAUAACACAGCAGAAACCAAGAAGGAUAAUGCACUUGUGCCUAAUGUCAGCAUUGAUGACUUGAAACAAAUGAAGACGUACCUUAAAUUGCUUAAAAAGCAACAGAAGGAGCUCAACACUCUGAAGAAGAAACAGUCAAAGGAUCAAAACACAAUGCAGAAAGCCCAUUGCACCCAGGUGGACAAGAUGGUGUCUCAGCAUGACAAGGAGAAGACAACCCUGGAGAAACUAUUAGAGAAAGCCAUCAAGAAACGGGGGGAAAACAACUGCCAAGAGCUAAAGAAAGAGACAGAGGACAAGAUCCAAACACUGAUUGCUGAUCAUAAAGUCAAGGUAAAGGACAUCACAGCACAGCACACUAAAGAGUGGUCAGAGUUGAUCAGUAGUCACAGCAGCGAGGAGCAGGAGAUAAAGGACAGCCACGUCACACAGCAGUGCGAACACCUCAAGAAGCUCCUGACCACCGUCCAGGAGCAGCAGACCAUGCAGCUCAAACUCAUCCAUGAGCGGCAGAGCAAAGAGAUGCGUGCCAACCAGGCCAAAAUGUCCAUGGAAAACAGUAAAGCAAUCAGCCAGGACAAGUCCAUAAAAAACAAGGCAGAAAGAGAGAGGAGAGUGCGAGAGUUAAACAGCAGCAACACCAAGAAGUUCCUGGAUGAGAGGAAGAGGCUGGCCAUGAAGCAUCAGAAGGAGAUGGAGCAGCUACAGAAAAACCAGAGAGAACAGUUGGAGAAACUGGAUAAGUUCAAUGAGCAGCUUUUGAAAUCACACCAUGCAAACAAAAAGGUUCAAGGCCAAGGACAUGCAGCAGAUGGUGAAGUUGGAGGAGGAGAUGGACCGCAGACCUGCCACAGUGGUGUGAGCAACUAAGACUGAGACACACACACACACACACACACCUCUCCACCUACGAGACAUUAUUCCUGCCUACAGCACUGCUUCUGUAGUUUUCCGUCUUGUUCACACAAACACAGUAGCCCACCCUUAACCCCCAAUAACUUUAUACCACUGAGCCAUUAGAGCUUAUCACUGUUUGACAGGGUGUUUAACCACUUAUCGAGAGAGGAAAUGCAGAGGCAAAGUAACAAAAUAGCAGAUGUAUCCUCUCCAACACUGUAUGUAGAUCCAAAUUUUCUAGCACCGUCAAUGUUCUCUGCAUACUACAGGCAACACAAGCUGCAGCUAUUGGUGGACACACACACACACACACACACACACACACACACACACACAGGGGGUGAAAGCCGUUCCCUGUUUAACUUUUUUUGUCCUUCCUCCUUUCUUUUAAAAUUGAUACCCAAUUAACCGCUACAAAAACAGCGUGGAAGAGGGGAGAAGACUAUGUAUAAGAUUUAAUGUAAUUUCAGCACAAAUGAAUAAACUUUAUGAAAUACACUGUACGCUACACACCAGUCCUGUCCUAAGCACUUUGUUUGUGAUAGGCCAUCAUACCAAUGUGGAAAAUGUAGCAGUGCACUAUGGUAGUUUUUUUUGUAUUUCAGUAAGAAUGUAUUUAAAAAGAAAUUACUGUAUGAAGGAGUAACAAACCCCUCUAUGUAACCUAUACCUACAAUACACGUUGUGUGAUGUCAUAAAAAUGUAUUACUGACUUUUUUGUAGUGCAACAACGUCACAGCCAACUAUAAAAAGGCUUAUUAUCUUGCUGAGUCAGAAGACUAUAAAGGGAUCACGAUGGAUAGUCACUUUCAUUCUGGCCGAUUUCCCAGCCAGAUUUUUAUUUUAAAUUGCUAGGAAAUACCCAAGUGAUUGUCUAACUGCGGUGCUCAACUUUUACU